UAAGAACUAAGAAGCCAAACAGUUUCUUGCCUCCUCUCGAAGUGUCUCUGUAUCACUCCUCAAUGGCCAGAAAUAAGGAAGCAUUGCUUUUGCUUAUUGAUGUUAGUCCAUCAAUGCACAAUCUUCUUACAGAAGUCGAAAGAGUCUGUUCCAUGCUCAUAGAAAAGAAGCUAAUUUACAGCAAAAGCGAUGAAGUUGGAGUUAUUCUAUUUGGAACUGAUGAGACAAACAAUGAUCUGACAAAGGAAGUGGGUGGAUAUGAACAUAUUGUGGUUUUACAACAGAUCAAAGUUGUUGAUGAAGAUACAAUUGAAACUUUACAAAAGCUUCCCAGAGGAACUUCUCCUGGUGAUUUUCUUGAUGCUAUUGUGGUAGGAAUGGAUAUGCUGAUAAAGAAGUUUGGACCAACAAACAAGGGAAAGAAACGCCUUUGCCUUUUGACGAGUGCCCAGUACCGCAUUAAAGAGCCAUAUGAAGGAACAAAAGAAGAUCAGAUUGACAUGAUUUCUGCACAAAUGAAUGCUAAUGGAAUGAAACUGGAAUGUAUAAUAGUUAGAGGAAAGCUAACUGGUGAUGCAAAUAGGAGGAUAAUGGAUGAAAAUGAUCUCUUGUUGAAUCGAUUUUCAAAGAAAUCAUGUGCAAAAACAAUAUAUGUUGAGAGUCCAACUUCACUGUUAGGUGCUAUAAGAACUCGAAAUAUAUCUCCUGUUACAAUAUUCAGAGGUGAUCUUGAGCUAAGCCCACGAAUGAAAAUCAAGGUCUGGGUGUAUAAGAAGACAAGUGAGGAGAGGUUCCCCAGGCUAAAGAAGUAUUCUGAUAAAGCACCUCCAACUGAUAGAUUUGCAACUCAUGAAGUGAAGGUAGAUUAUGAAUAUAGAAGGGUUGAUGAUCCUAGUAAAGUUGUACCCCCAGAGCAAAGGAUUAAGGGUUAUCGCUAUGGACCUCAAGUUAUUCCUAUUUCAUCUGCAGAAUGGGAUGCAGUCAAAUUCAAACCAGAAAGGAGUGUUAAGUUGUUAGGAUUUACAGAUUCUUCAAACAUAUUGCGACACUAUUAUAUGAGAGAUGUGAACAUCUUCAUUGCUGAACCGGGCAAUACAAGGGCCAUUCUUGCAGUUUCUGCCCUUGCAAGAGCAAUGCAGGAUAUGAAUAAGGUGGCAAUUUUGCGCUGUGUUUGGAGGCAUGGACAGGGGAAUGUUGUUGUGGGGGUCCUGACACCUAAUGUAUCCCACCGGGAUAAUAUUCCGGAUUCAUUUUACUUCAAUGUACUUCCUUUUGCUGAAGAUAUCAGAGAGUUUCAGUUUCCCUCCUUCAAAUAUCUGCCUUCAUCAUGCCAGCCAAAUGCUCAGCAGCAAAAGGCAGCAGACAGUUUGGUCAAGAUGCUUGACCUUGGAUCACCAGGAAAAGAAGUGUUGCAACCUGACUUGACACCUAAUCCCAUCUUGGAGCGUUUCUAUUGCUUCCUUGAAUUGAAAUCAAAGCAGCCAGAUGCAACUGUACCUCUACUUGACAACACUCUUAAGCUGAUAACUGAACCUGAUCCAGAACUUCUUUCUCAGAACAAAUCUUUCAUAGAUGAAUUCUCUAAGCAGUUCGAGCUUAUGGAGAACAUAAAGAUAAAGAAGUCAUCUAGAAGAUUGUGGAGAGAAAAACCAUCAGGAUCAAAUGAGGGAGAGGGUGCUGGAGAUGUUUCUGAUGCCCAGGCAGUUGAGAGUACUAAAAAUGAGUCUGCUGUGAAGGUUGACAAAAUUGGGGAUUUGACUCCUGUCCAAGAUUUUGAAGCCAUGAUGUCACGUAGAGAUAGUACUGAGUGGGUUAACAAAGCAAUUAAAGAUAUGAAAAAUAUAAUUUUUGACCUAGUAGAAAAUUCCUAUGAAGGGGAUACCUAUCAGAAGGCAGUGGAAUGUUUAAUUGCUUUUCGCAAGGGUUGCAUCCUUGAACAGGAACCAAAGCAGUUCAACGACUUUCUACGUCAUCUUUGUAAAUUCUGCCGGAAGAAAGACCUGAGCAGUUUUUGUGAAUUCCUUACAUCCAAACAAAUUACGUUGAUAACAAAAACAGAAGCUGUAGACAGUGAUGCAACGGAAGAGGAGGCCAGGAGUUUUCUGGUUAAAAGUGAGCCAACAUUUCUGUAAAGAACCAGGUGUACCGUGGAAUUGCUUCUCUAUUGAUAUAGAGUGCACUGAUAUCAAUUUAAGGCUCCUUUUGUGAUAUAUAUAUAUAUAUAUAUAUAUAUAUA